CAACAAUCUAGAUCAUCAAUACAAGUGCCCUCAGAUUACAAAAGUAAAGAUCUAUUUGCCCUGGAUUUCAAUGAUAGACCGUAUGGGAAACAGUUUGCUUCAAUAUAUUAUAACCGUUUAAGUCAUUUAAGACCCCGUAUCCUACACAAUGCCAACAAGAAAUGGGGGAAAGAAGUUAUUAAUGGUAAAAAAGUUGUCAAGAAAGAUAAAGUGUUGGAUAUCAAGAGUGAUGAACCAUCAUGGGUCGUUGGUACUGUUUAUUGUGAAAUGAAGUAUAAACCAAACAUCUUGGAAGAAGUUUCAAAGGGAAUCCAAGGUGCUAAUACAAGCGUAAAGUCAUAUACAGAUCCUGAUCUGGAUCAAAUCAUGUUGGAAGAUGAAUCUGGUAGAGUGUUGUUGGAGGGUGAAUUAUUGAAAAAUACAAUUCUAGUAACAGGUACAGUUGUUGGUGUUCUUGGGAUGGAGUCUAAGCCUGGUGUUUUCCAAGUUGUUGAUCUUGUUUACCCAUUCACAUCUGCUCAAAAACCAACAAGAAAUGCAUCUUCGAAAAUUGCAUUGGUAUCUGGUUUACAUUUCAAUGGGUUAGAUUCAGUAAAGUAUGAAUUACUUAAAGAUUACCUAACAGGAGAAUUAGGCAUUGAAUCAUCAAGAUCAAUUUCAAGAUUGAUUAUUGCUGGUAAUUCAGUCUUAGUUAGUGGUGAACCAGAAGUUGAUGAAAAGAAUAAGUAUGGUGCUAAGAACAAAUCAAAUUAUAACGUUGACUCAGUCACGCAAUUGGACAAUUUCUUAGUUGACCUUUUACAAAGUAUACCCGUUGAUAUAAUGCCAGGGGAAUCUGACCCAGCAGAAACAAGUUUACCUCAACAACCAUUGCACAAGGCAUUUUUCCAAAAAUCUAAAGCAUAUUUGAAUUCAUCUUCAUUCCGCACAUUAACAAAUCCAUCAUGGAUUCAAUAUGAUGAAUUAAGACUAUUAGGUACAAGUGGUGAAAAUAUUAAUGAUAUUUAUAAAUAUGUCAUUCCUGAUUCUAUAAAAGAUACAAGAAUUGGGAUGCUUGAGGCCACUAUUGUCUGGCAAAAUAUUAUUCCAACUGCACCUGAUACAUUGUGGUGUUAUCCAUACUCUGAUAAAGAUCCAUUCACACUAAAUGAAACACCUCAUGUUUAUUUUGUUGGAAAUCAACCAAAAUAUGAAACAAAGACAUUAGAAAUUGAUCAUGGCAUGAAAGUUAAAUUAAUAGCUAUUCCAACUUUCAGUGAAACUGGACAAUUUGUUCUACUGGAUACUAAUACAUUAGAAACUGAGAUUGUUUCAUUAGAUAUAUAA